AUGCUCUCAAGAAGGAUUGAGAUGCAUCCUGGGAAACCGUUCCGCUGUACUCAAAUUAUUUGUCUAUUUACUGAUGCAAAAUACGAAAAUUCUGUUUUCCAUGUAAGUAGAUGCCAAAGUUUCCAUUAUUAUGGAGCUAUAUGUAUAACUCCUUGUGAAUGGUCAUUGCUUGUUUUGUAUUUGAUUCAUCAGGCAUCCAUCCGUAAGUUGGCUCCUAUUGGCGGUGUUGAUCUCUCUUACUCUCUCUCUUUCUCUCUCUCUCUCUCUCUCUCUAUCUAUCUAUCUCUUAGUAGAUGCGGUCUACGUGUUUUCGAUCUCGAUGACAGUGAAAUCAGUAGGAAUGCGGAAAUAGGAAUGUUAGAUUUGACAAACUGGAAUCGUCGAGACUUGUUUGUUUCAAACGAGGCAGUCUGUGUUAAUUUCGCCCGAAAGAUGUUUUCUUUGUCGGCUUCACUUCUUGAUUAA